AUGGCAACUCUCAUCGUCCAAACAUCUGAGUCGAUCGCCUCGGCGCCUAACCUCAGCACCCUGCAGCCACCAACAUUGACAUCAUGGGAAGGCGUGAUGCUUGUUGUGUUGGUAGUGAAUUUAGUGUGGACUAGCCUGCUCGGCAGUGGGCUUGCUUGUUCUCCCAUUGGUCUCAACAGAAGAUCGUCUCCACAUUUAGAUACUGCGUUUCUCCUUGGCAACUCCGGAUCAGCAUCUCUCUUCCAUGACACGACGUGUAAGAACCUUUGUGUGGCACACAUGCGCUCACUCAUCGCCUCUCCAGAUUAUUUGGCUUCUUGUCACAGCCUUUGUUAUGCAGACGAUGCUGAUAUGCCAUAUGAAGGACCUCGCAACACGUCUGCCUAUCCUCACGCUCAUCACCCUCCAGUCAUUGCAGCCUUUUGGAUAGCUGCCUUUAAUGUCAACUCGCAGACAGCACGAGUACAGCUUGUAUUGCUUCUCACCUUGAUAUUCGGCGUCUCCCUGGGCAUCUGUCUCGCUUGCUGUGGCUUCAUGGUCCCAAAGUGUUUCAUUUUGCCUUCACAAGACUCCGAGCCAGGUCGACUCUGCCGCAAGCUCUUGACUGGUAAGACUGCCAUCGAGCCUCGCCAAUACUUCGAUAACUCAUAUAUCCCAGGGACUGUGGCCAGUGGCUUCGUGCUCACUUCAUUUAUGGUCAUGAACCUAAUACAUUUCCUCGAUUCGCCUUUUAUUCUACAACCUAUGGUCCAUAUUGGACUGUCGAAGGCAUACAUGACUGCUCUGGCCUACCUCCUUUACACGAGCGAGCGUGAUAUCACGCCAGAGAACGACCGGUCUCCAUGUACUGACGCCCAGUCAUUCCCUCCUGGCACCUCGGGAUUCUUCGCAACCGAUGUCAUCUCUUAUACGGUGAAUGGUUCCCAGACUGCAACGCACGCCGUCAAAAGUGAAACUGCUCAAAUAGCGGGCACCAUGAUGAUACGUUAUUUUCGUCGCUCCGUUCCUUCGCUCUCUAGUAUUCCGUAUAAUCUGGCCAUGAAUAAUGCUAGUAUGGUUGUGGAGUGCCUGCGAUCCUAA